UUAUAUUGCGAUGUUCCAAUAGCAUUUUGCAGUUAAACUUAAUAAACGCCUUCGGUGAUCCAAUCACUAAUAAAUUAUCCUAAAGUCAAUGCAAUAUGCAAGAGCCAUCCAGAACAUCUCACCGAUAUACAUUCAUUGCUAUAUUUUAGGUAUGAUAAGGCCAAAAAAGCCAAAAGUUUUCACACGCCAUUGACACAAGAAUAAAAAAUAAAAUUCGCAAAAAAUCGUCAGUUCAAUACAAAUACAUGUGUUUUUCAAUUAUAUCUUUAUUACUUUUCUUAAUGCUUGUUUAAAUUGUUUAAAGAAUACGAUUUACAUGUAUAACGAAACAUCAAAAAUCAAAGCCCUCUCCAAGUAUGAUGUAACAACCCGAAAUAACACAAUUUGACUAUUACAUGUUGAACGACCUUGAAAUUUGAAUACUCUUCUAAAAUCCAAAAUUCUUAUCUCAUAGUUUAAAUUCAGCGUACGUUAGAUGUCAUUUAAUUGUUUAUCUUAUGGUUUUAUUCAUUAUCUGGACUAACUGAAAGAUUUAAACAUGUUAGUCUUUUUUGUUUGGUUAGUCUUUUAUUUAGCCACGUACAGUAACUGGUUUACAUGGAAUCCAAGAAGAAUCCUUUAUGCAAAGUAUCAUGAAUGAAAUAAUGGAAUUGAAAACGAGGCAGAAUUCUUGUGAGCGAUACAAGGUUGAAUUAGAGGAAGUAGUUGAUAAGCUGAAAACAAGGCAAAGUUCGUAUGAAGCUAAAGUUUCUGAAUUAGAAGCUGUAGUAGAUGAUCUUCAGAAACGCAAUGAGAAGUUGGAACAAGAGAUACUAGGAAUUCAAGAGGACAUGGAUUCCCGGAAACAAAUCUACAAUGUUCAACGUCAAGACAAUUCAGAUAAUCUCACGACUUACCAAAUGCGUCACAAGCGAAUACUAGUUGACGGUCAAGUGGCGUUUACAGCUGGUGUAUUAAGUGCAGACCUAACACAACUAGGAGAUCACCACACAAUCAUCUUUGAUAAGCCUAUAACAAAUGUUGGAAAUGCUUACAGCGUAAAUUCUGGAAUAUUCCAGGCACCUCUGAAGGGUAUUUAUGUAUUCACAAUGACACUAAUGGUUGUCCCACGUCACAGUGAGUAUCUGGACAUUGUUGUUGAUGGAAAUUUUAUCAAUCAAAUUUUUGCAGAUGCUUCGUCGGUUGAUGAUUAUAUGUCGACAACUAAGCAAUGGGUACUCGAUCUCAACGUUGGCUCCGAAGUUUGGAUCCGAACAUCAACGUACGAAAAUAGGGGAGAGAUUCAUGGUGCAAUGCACACAACUUUCAGUGGUUUUUUGUUGUUUGAAACUGAAUAAUUGCCAUUCAAUGAUACCCACUUGACAGCUUACAUUUUGUUAAAAGAAUAUAAUAAAGGAUAUUUAGAACAUAUUUUUAAUCAUCUUAUCUUUUUCAUUAAUAAAAUCAUUCGCCACAGAAUAAAAUAAAACUUGAAAUUUAGCUUUCAAAUUGAACUACUCCCUGAAUUCAACGACUCCGGCCUUGUUUCAGUGCACCAAACCAAUUUCCUUAUAUAAAUGCAUACCUUUGCAACUUUGGUCUCGGCAUAGUGAAUUUUCGUUCUCUUCGUAAAUAAGUCGCAUUUUAGGC